CGGGAGCGUUUUUAGUCAGCAAGUCAAGGCACCUGCUUGAGCAGCAGAGGGGAAAAGAAGUUCUGUGUAGUGACUCCAAAGGACACGAGCGAGGCGGAUACAUUUCAUGGAAAUAAAGAUCUACUGGCUAAGUGAAGAAAACUGAGAGCAGCUCGCCGGCUCACAAACAAAUAGACUACCUCGUUUUGUUAUUUUCCAUAGUAUUUUGUUUAAAUGUUUAACAAAUUGCGCGUUGGCUGCUCAUGUUAGCUAGCGAGCUACUUUACCACCAGUAGCUGUACAUGUUGGUUAUUAAACGUUCGCUGUAGUUACCGGGUAUUAUUUAACUAGCUAAUGCUUUUACAUCAGUUUGUGAACGGAGCCCUGGAAGCUAUGCAUCCAACAAUUCAAAAAGACACUACUUUUACAAAGAUUUUCGUGGGCGGUUUGCCGUACCACACCAACGAUGCCUCUCUCAGAAAAUAUUUCGAGGCGUUCGGGGAGAUCGACGAGGCUGUGGUGAUAACGGACAGACAGACUGGUAAAUCCAGAGGAUAUGGCUUUGUGACCAUGUCUGACCGGGGGGCUGCGGAGCGGGCAUGCAAGGACCCUAACCCCAUCAUCGACGGCAGGAAGGCCAACGUCAACCUGGCGUACCUGGGAGCCAAGCCCCGCAGCCUGCAGACAGGUGAGCCGGAGAGAGGUUUCUCUAUCGGCAUGCAGCAGAUCCACCCGGCGCUGAUCCAGAGGCAGUAUGGGCUGGCUCAGCAGUACGUGUAUCCCCAGACCAUCGUGCAGCCCAGCCUGCUGAUGCCGUCCCAGCUGUCCUCCAUCAGCUCCCCAUACCUGGACUACAGCGCCGCCUACGCCCAGUACGCCUCGUCCGCCUUCGAGCAGUACCCCUACGCCGCCUCCCCGGGCUUCCUGGGGUACAGCUACGCCCCAAGCUCCUCUGCUCAGGCCCCCGGCCCCGCCCCGCUGCAGCAGGCCCUCCCCACCGCAGCUGCCCCGCCCACCGCCUUCAUUCAGUACCCCCCCCAGCAGGUGCAGCCUGACCGCAUGCAGUGAGGGCCACGCUACGGAUGGGGGCAUGCGCGCGGUGGGUUGGGGGUUGGGGGCGGGGCCAGGCAGAGCCACAAGCGGACGUAGGUGGAGUUGGACAAGCAGUGACAAUUGCACUAUGACAUCAGGAUGAGAAUCUGUUACUGAGGAGACUGUGAUCACACCAAAGGGCUUCCCCAGAAACAUUCUUUCAUGUUCUUUAGUUCGUUGCUAUUAUUAUUAUUAUUAAUAUUAUUAUUGUUAUUAUUAUCAUUAAUGUUAUAAUAAUAAUCAUUGUGUAAAUGGUGACCUCACCCAUGUCAGUUGCCAAAUGCAGCCGCGCGCUGAGCUGCGGAAGGGGCAGUGGGGGCGCUCUGAGAACAGCGGCCCCCACCGCGGGAGGAGGGGCUAGGGCUCUGCUGCCUGGUUACAGGGAUGAGUGGCGGCUUUCUCUGCAGCUGCAGCGCGAGCUCCCGAACUGCUCGGGGCCAAAACAGCGUCCCGGCGCACCUCCACGAUUCCCCGCCCCCCCCACCCGCCCCGCCACCUUCCCCGCCCCGCCCGGGACGCUCGCCGCGCAGCGAGCCGUCCUCUGAGGGAAGCGCGGGCGAUCACCACGUCAGGAACACGAGGCCUUACGAACUGCUACUUCACCUCCAGUUUUACAUCCCCCUCACUGUGAAUGUCCAUGGCCAUUUUUUGAUACAGGAUCCUUUAAAAAAUUUCUACAAUUUUUGAGGCUGUUCACCUCUUAUUCUUAGUAAAUUAUUGUAGGUGGAUGUAGAUAAUCACAGCUGAUUAAUAUGCAAUUAUGCUGGGGGCAGUAAGUGGUAAGGGUAAAAAUGUAUAAGGUAGUUGACACUGUAAUAUGUAUGUAUUUUAUAUAACUGUUAAUCUAAGAUAAUCAUGCCAAUGUUGCUUUUUAAAACGACAUAUAUGUAUACCAUUUUAGGAAAUUGCUGCAAUUGAGGUAAAUUACAAUAUUUAUGUUGAAAAUAUUUAAAGAAAUGCAUAAGUUGCAAACUUGCUCUGGAUAUUUUGUAGUUUUAUUUAAAGUUUUGUCCGCAGGAAAUCGAUCGAAACUCCUCUGUAUCUGGAACGUGCCGCUCCUUGGCUGACUCCACACACAAUGGCGCGUUUCUGAAGAAUUUCUCUGUCACAGCCUCGGCCUGCUGACACGGCAGUUUUUGGAGCAUUUCAGUACCAUGUUAUUUAUGUACAAUGAAUCCAUACAAAAAAAGAAUAGGAAAAUAAAGGAUUUGUAAAUACAA